CUUCUUGCGCGCGUCCGGAAGUGACGCAACUCCUGCACUGUGCGUGACGUCAGAGCGGGUGCGUGAUGACGUCGGCGGAGGUGAUGAGCGUCUGACAGACUGAAGGAGGAGAGACAGAUGCGGGAGAGAUGAAAUAAAUCAGCGGAUUGAGGAGAUGUGUGAGAGAGCGCGAGUGUGUGUGUGAGCGCGCGUGUGUGAGAGAGAGUGUGUGUGAGUGUGUGUGUGAGGAUCAUCUGCUGAUAUUGUCCUCCUCCUCCUCCUCUUCUUCAUCACCAGCAGCUUCAGCAUCAUGUCGGACUGAAUCACGGACACCGAGAGCGCAGCAAAAUGGGAGAGCAGCCGAUCUUCAGCACCAGAGCUCAUGUCUUCCAGAUCGACCCGAACACUAAGAAGAACUGGGUUCCCACCAGCAAACACGCCGUCACUGUGUCCUACUUCUACGACAGCACACGCAACGUUUACCGCAUCAUCAGCCUCGACGGGUCAAAGGCCAUCAUCAACAGCACCAUCACCCCCAACAUGACCUUCACUAAAACCUCACACAAGUUCGGUCAGUGGGCCGACAGUCGAGCUAACACCGUCUACGGCCUGGGCUUCUCUUCUGAGACGCAGCUCAACAAGUUUGCAGAGAAGUUUUCAGAGUUUAAAGAAGCGGCGCGGCUGGCCAAGGAGAAAUCUCAGGAGAAGAUGGAGCUGACCAGCACACCGUCACAGGAAUCUGCUGCUGGUGAUCUUCAGUCUCCUGUGACUCCAGAGAGCAUCAACGGCACAGAGGAGAGAGACAGAGAAACGCCUGACGCUGCACUCAACGCCGGCUGCAGACUGGAGCUUAACGCUGUACCCUUACCACACAGCUCCACCUCCAUCACUAAGCACUGGGAGGCUGAGCUAGCGGCGCUGAAGGGAAACAAUGCUAAGCUAACGGCGGCACUGUUGGAGUCGACGGCUAACGUCAAGCAGUGGAAGCAGCAGCUGGCGGCGUAUCAGGACGAGGCCGAGAGACUGCACAAACGGGUCACAGAGCUGGAGUGUGUGAGUGGACAAACCACCGGCAUCAAGACACAGAAGACGGAGCUGAACCAAACCAUUGAAGAGCUGGAGGCUGAACUAAAGGCCAAAGAGGAGGAACUGGAGAAGCUGAAGGAGGAAGUAGAAAACACCACAGAGCUGCAGACACAGAGGGAUCAGCUCAGACACAAACUGCAGGAGACGGAGCUGCGUAACGAGGAGCUGGAGCUGCAGCUGGUGGGUCUGGAGCAGCGUGUGGAGAGCAGGCGUCUGGAGGAGCAGAGCUUCAGGAAGAGUCUCCGCUCACUGCUGCAGAUGCUGGACGGCAAGAUCUUUGAGCUGAGCGCACUCAGAGACAGCCUGGCCAAGCUGAUGGACAGCCACAGCAGCUAGACACACACACACACACACACACACACACACACACACACACAUAUAUACACACACAGAGAACUGAACUCCUCCAGAUCUGGACUCUUUUCUAUGAGCAUGAUCAGAUCUGGAGACGCUGCAGACGGACGCAGGUGCAGACGGAGGCUGAACACACUCUUCCACUCGUGAACUUCCACAAUCUGAGCAAUACAACAGAGGAACAGGACAGACGCUCGCUCGCACUGUUUUCAGGUAUCCACACACACACACACACACACACACACGCACACACACACACACGCUGCAGUGGCUCUGAAACCUCUCUCCAGACUUUUCUCAUCCUGUUUCUGGUGCACCGGUGUGACGGACUGAGAUGAAGAUGAUG